CUCUCCCCCUCACACACAACACAACUUCAGUCCACUCAGUUUUCUUGAAAAUUAUGGCUCUUGAAGCACUCAACUCCCCAAACACUACACCCAAUCCUUUCAAUGCUGCUUAUGAAGACUCGGACAUCAAGCGCAAACGCUCAAAACGACCGCGUAGCGAGGAUGAGUACCUCGCGAUCUGCCUCAUCAUGCUCGCACGUGGCAACACCAACAACAAGGACAAGGAGGCAGUGUCUGAGUCUCAGCCGCGGACUUUGGAAUUGUCGUACAAGUGCACCGUGUGCGACAAGGCCUUUACUUCUUACCAAGCCCUCGGCGGCCACAAGGCCAGCCACCGGAAAUCCUCUUUCGCCGCUGCUGCCGAUAACAACAGUAAUAAUAACGAUCAUCCUUCCAGCAGCACAACUACCGUGGCCGUGACCGCCACGUCGAGUGGUAGGGCUCACAAGUGCUCCAUCUGCCACAAGAUUUUCCCGACCGGCCAGGCUCUCGGCGGACACAAGCGAUGCCAUUAUGACGGCUCCAAUAGCAAUAACAACAACAACGGGAGUGUGGUGACGUCAUCAUCGAGUCACGGCUUGAGCCAGCAACAGCGGCAGCGCGGCUUUGACUUGAACUUGCCGGCUUUGGUGAUGGAAUCCGCUUGGGCAGGACACGUCCCCAUGAGUACUCGUCGAUGUGGUGCCGGCGAAGAUGAGGUGGAGAGCCCCCUACCGACGAAGAAACCGUGUUUGUUGCUUAAUAGUGAAAAAUCACUGAAUUAGAAUUAAUUUGCCAGAUUUCGUGGAUUACAAGAAUUAUUAUUAUUAUUAUUUUUUUUUGGCCUUUUGGUAUAAAUUGGUUGUGUACAGGGGAUUUGUUUAGUAGUGAUAUAAUCUGGGAGUAGUAGUCAAUUCUUUAAUUUAUUCUUGAUAAUACAGUAAUUUACGAUUUUUAUAUUUA